AUGCCGCCCAAACAAGCCAAGGGCGAGUACAUCGAAACCGACACCGGCAACAAAAUCUCCCGCCGCUCCCAAAUCCACGGCACGCAGCACAUCAUCCUGGGCGGCAAGACCGUCAUCCAAGCAGACGCCGUCAUCCGCGGAGACCUCUACCGCUCCUCGUCCUCCACCUCUACCUCCGCCGACGGCACAAGCCGCCCCUCGCAACCCUCCACGCCCUCCGUGGCCAUCACAAUAGGCCGAUACAGCUACAUCUCGCGGCAGGCGGUGCUGAGGCCACCGUCGCGGCUGCACCGCGGGGUGCACACGUUCUACCCGCUCAAGAUCGGGGACCAUGUGUUUGUCGGGGAGAGGGCGGUGGUCGAGGCGGCCACGGUGGGCAACCAUGUGCAUAUUGGGCGGGAGGCGGUGGUUGGGAGUAUGGCCAUCCUGAAGGACUUUGCGUAUGUGCUUGACGGGGCGGUGGUGCCGGCGGGUAUGGUGGUGCCGAGCUGGUGUGUUGUUGGUGGGGCGCCGGCGAGGAUUGUCGGGGAGGUCGGGGAGGGGUACGGGGUUGAGGGGGCGGAGGGGGGGAUGGCGAGGGAGAGGUAUAGGAUGGUUGGGAGGUAG